GUUACACGGUAUGCAGUAGUGUUUGUGGUUUAUUUGUGUUGGGGUUGUUCAUGAUUCAAGGAUAGAAAUAGAUACGUUUUUGUUUCUACCUCCGGUCCCACAGGGGGCGCUGUGGAAAACCGUCUCCCCAAACGGUCCAUCAUCUGACGGACACUCAGCUGGCCCUCUACACUACUUCACAACAACGACUCUGUCGACAAUGUUCACACCUUGACUGCCAAAACUGCCAUAACUUACUAUUAGUCUUUUGCCUUUUUUGUUUACGUUUUGCAUCAUGGAGCCGACUGCGCCCAAAAGCAAGCUGAAAAAGCUGAGUGAAGACAGUUUGACCAAACAACCAGAGGAAGUGUUUGAUGUUCUAGAGAAACUCGGUGAAGGCUCCUAUGGCAGCGUGUUCAAAGCCAUCCAUAAGGAGUCAGGCCAGGUGGUGGCCAUCAAGCAGGUUCCUGUUGAAUCUGAUCUGCAGGAGAUCAUCAAGGAGAUUUCAAUCAUGCAGCAGUGUGACAGCCCAUACGUAGUGAAGUACUAUGGGAGCUACUUUAAGAACACAGACCUGUGGAUUGUCAUGGAGUACUGUGGAGCCGGCUCCGUUUCUGACAUCAUCAGACUGCGCAACAAGACGUUGACGGAGGAUGAGAUCGCCACUAUCCUGAAGUCAACACUGAAGGGUCUUGAAUACCUUCACUUCAUGAGGAAGAUCCAUCGGGACAUCAAGGCAGGAAACAUCCUCCUCAACACUGAGGGACACGCCAAACUGGCAGACUUUGGAGUUGCUGGACAACUAACGGACACCAUGGCCAAGAGAAACACUGUGAUUGGAACUCCGUUCUGGAUGGCCCCAGAGGUGAUCCAGGAGAUCGGCUACAACUGUGUGGCUGACAUCUGGUCCCUGGGCAUCACGUCCAUAGAGAUGGCAGAGGGCAAACCUCCCUAUGCUGACAUCCAUCCCAUGAGAGCUAUCUUCAUGAUCCCAACCAACCCUCCUCCAACAUUCAGGAAGCCGGAGCUUUGGUCAGACGAAUUCACAGACUUUGUCAAGAAGUGUCUUGUCAAGAAUCCAGAGCAGAGAGCGACUGCCACACAGCUCCUACAGCACCCAUUUAUAAACCAGGCCAAGCCGGUCACAAUCCUGAGAGACCUAAUAACUGAGGCCAUGGAGAUGAAAGCCAAGAGGCAGCAGGAGCAGCAGAGAGAGCUGGAGGAGGAGGAUGACAACUCUGAGGAGGAAACGGAGGUCGACUCUCACACUAUGGUGAAGUCGGGCUCAGAGGGCGCAGGAACCAUGCGGGCCACCAGCACCAUGAGUGAUGGGGCACAGACCAUGAUCGAACACGGCAGCACCAUGCUCGAGUCAGACCUUGGCACCAUGGUCAUCAACAGUGAUGACGACGAAGAGGAGGAGGAAGACCAGGGAUCCAUGCGGAGGCACGCCGCCCCACAGCAGCCGAUGCGUCCGUCCUUCAUGGACUAUUUUGACAAACAGGACUCCAACAAGGCAGCCCAGCAGCAGGAGAACUACAACCACAACCAGCCGCAGGAGCAGCCCGGCUACCACAUCCAAUCCAAGAACGUCUUCCCUGACAACUGGAAGGUGCCUCAGGAUGGAGACUUUGACUUUCUGAAGAACCUGGACUUUGAGGAGCUGCAGUUGCGCCUGAGUGCCUUGGAUCCCAUGAUGGAGCGGGAGAUUGAAGAGCUCAGGCAGCGCUACACCGCCAAAAGGCAGCCCAUCCUGGACGCCAUGGAUGCCAAGAAAAGACGACAACAGAACUUCUAAGUGCUCCUCCCUGUCGCCUUUUCCCUCUUGUCUCUGGUUCCCAAAGCCACCAUCACCACGAAACUUAUGUCCCAUUGACUCAGAGGAACUAAGAUGUCUUUGUUGGAAGCCCACUGCCGUGCCGAUUGCCUGCUAACUGGCCUGUAAAUUAAGUUAGAUGCUUCUUUUACUGGGUAACAUCCAUUUUGGCUCCUGGAAUCUACACUCGUCUGCCUAGAUGUCUAGAUGAUGCUCCUCCAUAUGUUUGUUUCUACAGUUCCUGUGAAGUUGGUUUCCCGUGAAUGAUGCUCAGGACUGUGGCAAAAGAGAGAGAAGGUUUGGCAAUUAUACGUCUUAAAAAGUCACAAUGAAUUUCCCCUUUUUCCAAAUGAAAUUAUAGACACAAAAAACCCUCUGGGAAUCCCCAUUAACACAUAAGGAAGCCUAUCAUCUGGCAGUGGCAGCAGCAUAAUAACCAGGUCUAUGACAAGGGGUCUUUUUUUCCUGUGUAAAUAUAUUAUAGAGCUUAGUUUGGAAAUACCUGCAACAAAAAAGCUGUGGAGGCUUGUCCAUGACCAAAGACAAUCAAGAUUACAUUGAUUAAGUUGAGAAUGCCUUAAAAUAUUUGAAACCUGGUUUUCAGAAUAAGCGGUGUAAGAAAACAGCCAAGUUGUCAGAUGGUUCAAUCUGUUUCCUCACUUCGAUAUGAGUUGGGGGUGGACUGUGGAAAGCUGCAAGAAUGGACAGAAAGAAUGGACGGAAAUCAUGUGGAUGGUGAAUGGAUUGUGCAUGUUUUCAGUCGUCGGUGGAACAGAAAAUUCUAAACUUCUUCAUUUGGUCUUCAUAAUUUCUUUCAUUUUGUUGUUUUCAAGUAUGAUAUUCUGGGCUUCUUUAAACAUCCAGUGCUCUGUCUAUACUGACAAACUCCAUGCAUCUGAGGGCUUCAUUCUUCUUUUCUAGAUGGCUUUCUGAACGCACACCUAACCACUUCUCUUAGUGAAUUUAAAAUCAGCACCAAUAUUCAUUCCUGAGUUAGAAAAAAUAUAAGAUUUCCAUACAAGCAAAAGCAUUCCAAAAUACGGUAUGAAGUGAAGUCUUUAAAACCCCUAAGACGGUUCUGACAAUGUUUUCUGUAAUUGUUCCACACUAUGAUUGAUUAACUUCAAAUUACAAUAUGACUCGCCGUAGAACCAACUAGUCACAAACAGUUCUAUCAUUCAAGAAAAAAAACACGUCAGGUUGAGAUAAAACACAAAAGUGACUCACUCAUGCUGUAUACUUAAGAAAAACAGAGCCGUGGCAUCAGCCACACGUCUAAUGUCUGAAUUUCGGACAAUAUUCAUAGCAAAUUUUCAUGUAGCUUAUAUCUAUGUUUCCACAACUAUGCUUGAGAAUGUGCUGUUUUCAGACAUGUAGGUGUGAUGUUAUUAAUGAAGGAAUGAGGACACACUGAGUUCAUGCUGUGUUUUUAAUAGCUAAAAACGUUAUUUACACAAAACUAUCCAGCUCAAUAAUCCAGUUUCACAAUUUUGGAAGUUUAACUAACAAGCAAACAACCUGUUUGGUGUCUUUAUGAAGGAAACAAAUCGCUCUGUCUUGGUGGUUCUUUAUUUCUCACACAUUGAAUUUACACGUGCUAAUAAUGUCUGCAAUGUACUAUAAUGGCUGCAGUUUACUGUUACAUGAAUGUUAAUAUGCAGUCUUGAUGGUGUGGUUCAGCCACACUUACUGCGUGUUAAUCUUUUUAAUAAUACCUGUUACACUGUUUUCUGUCUAGUCCGAUGGACCACGUGGCCAUGCCGUUUUGAACACCUGAAUCCAAAUGUCAAUCAGUACGGUCUUUUGAAUACUCACCUCUGUAUGUUUUUUUGUGGGGUUUUGUUGUUUGUUUAUCUUUUGUUUUUCUGCGUGCAGGUGAACCAGUUCUGUCACAGAAAUCAUUAACAUUCUUGCCAUGAAUUGUUGUCAUAAAUUAAUUCUGCAGUGCAUUGGCAACUUACAUUCGAGCAUUCAGAUUUUAUUUAUUAAUUGUGUUUUGGUGACACUGGUUUAAAUAUGGAAGCUGAUUUGGCUGUUAAUAUUUUUGCCCUUUGUCAAAUAUAUGUGGCUUGAUUUCAGUGUGUUUUAGACUAUGCAUGUUUAUAAUUAUGUUUGCAAUUUAGAGGAAUGCUGUUGUAUUAACUGCACAGAUCAGAGUACUGUUUAAUAUGGAAGCUGGGUUUUCAGCUUUAACAAAGCUUUGCUCUGUACAAUUAAAAAGCCCCAGUUUAAAUAUGA